UUCGAGUUUAUUGUUAAAACUUAAAAAACACACUUAAAAGAAAAAAAUAAACAGAUUUUGCACAUAAAAUUAUCUUAAACAUAAAAAACAAAAUGCCUUGCCCAUGUGGAAGCGGUUGCAAAUGUGGCACUCAGCCAAAGACCGGUAAUUGUGGCUGCGGCUCGUCAUGCAAAUGCUGUCCUUGCGGAAGCGAUUGCAAAUGUGGUUCACAAACUCAAAGUGGCAGCUGCGGUUGUGGCAGUGGUUGCAAAUGUGGCAAAUAACGCAUUUGUUUUGAUUUGUCCGAUAGACUUCUGUAAUAUUAUACCCCACAAAUAAGUGUAUACAUAUGUAUGAAUAUACCAUAUACAGCUUUUUGAAUAAAAUUUUUUAAUAUACCACUGAAAA